CAGCUUUCAGAAGGCCUUGCGCUGUUGUAUACACCCACUACCCCUUCUUGCCACUCGUCUAUCAAUUGAUUAUUUGAUGCAGGCCUGAAUUGUUCAUCCACUUGCGCGAUACGAACGGUUUUUCCUUGUACCUCCUUUGACUAGCUUACCCGAUCCUACAAUUACCUGUCAUGGCUCUCCGCCGCCCGUUUACUCUUCCCCGGCAAUUGCUGCGACCGGCAUCUCGCACCCUGUUCGGAUACAGGCAGGAACAAAGAUGUGGACUGGCGACAACGGUACCUCCAGUUACCCAGGAUGCAACAGGCUCUAAGGGCCCUACGGCCAUGGUCUUCCUCAACAUGGGAGGGCCCUCGACGACAGACGAAGUAGAGGAUUUCCUCAGCCGGCUCUUUGCCGACGGCGAUUUGAUUCCUCUAGGCAGGUUCCAGAAUUACCUCGGGCCUCUCAUUUCGAAGCGACGCACACCAAAGAUCCAAAAACAGUACGCGGACAUCGGCGGAGGCUCACCCAUCAGAAAAUGGUCGGAAUACCAAUGCGAAGAAAUGUGCAAGCUGUUGGACAAGAUCAACCCGGAGACUGCGCCUCACAAGCCGUAUGUCGCCUUCCGUUACGCCAACCCGCUGACGGAACAAAUGUACACACAAUUGCUGGAAGAUGGUUUCGGCAAUGGCAAGGGCGGUCGUGCGGUCGCAUUUUCGCAAUACCCCCAAUAUUCCUGCUCUACUACGGGUAGCUCUCUGAAUGAGCUGUGGAAAUGGAGGAAUCGGCUGGAGGGCAAGCGAGCAAACGGAAACGUGGACACUUCCGGAGCCAUCCAGUGGAGCGUUAUCGACAGAUGGCCUACGCACCCUGGCCUUGUGGAGGCGUUUGCGAGAAACAUUGAGGACCAACUCAAAACCUAUCCGGAAGAUAAGAGGAAUGGAGUGGUUCUCUUGUUCUCGGCCCACAGUUUGCCCAUGAGUGUUGUGAACAGAGGUGAUCCCUACCCAGCUGAGGUCGCUGCAACUGUGCAUGCGGUCAUGCAAAGACUCAAUUUCAGCAACCCUUACCGCCUCUGUUGGCAGUCUCAGGUUGGACCAAAGGCUUGGCUGGGGGCGCAGACUAGCGAUACCGUUCAAGAGUAUGUGAAGCGUGGACAGACUGACAUUGUCCUCGUACCAAUCGCCUUCACCAGCGACCACAUCGAGACUCUGUAUGAGCUGGAUCUCGAAGUCAUGGAAGAGGCGAACCACCCGGGUGUCAAGCGGGCCGAAAGUCUGAACGGCAGCCCUGUAUUCAUCCAAGCCCUUGCAGAUCUUGCUCAAGAGCACUUGCACAAGGGAGAGAAAUGCUCGCUGCAAAUGACGCUGCGUUGUCAAGGCUGCAAGAGUGAGAGGUGCUUGGAGCAAAAGAAGUUUUUCGCUGGUGAACAGGGAGCGUCCUUGGUAGUAUAACAACCAGGCACUAGAGUUUCAUUUCUUUUUACAAGGGUUUUGUUCUUUGAUGUGUGUAUGUGAAGGCGUUCUCUGUACGAUAGUCUGUGUGUCUAUACAAGCAAUAAGCAACGAGCUACAACCAUUUAGUUUACGAUUUCGGC